AUGACUGAGAAGGCCACCCCGUUUAGGGGUUCUGGGAUUGCAACGGUAGGGGGUGAGGCCCCGGUGGAGCAAUGCCCGCAGGACAAAUUCUGUGUUGAAGAGGACUCUCCUCUAUGCGACUCUAUCAUGUGGAAGAUGCUAGACAACUACUAUAAACAAGUGGCAAUUGAGGCAUGGGCUCACGACUACGUGCCUUCCUUUGUGACGAGCAACAGCCGCUUGUGUAGAUCCUAUGCGAAAAUAAUCAUCAAUUUCCUACAGGAUUGGUUUAAACGACCAGAGGCGGACCCAGAUAAACCCGUAAUUAUCCUAGAAAUAGGUGGCGGGCAUGGACGUUUCACGUUUCUGCUGCUUCGGGCACUGCUGCGCUACAAAAAGCUCUUUGCAAGUCUGGGCCUCCCUGAGCGGCCUUUUCUCGUCGUGUUCUCGGAUGUGGCGGAAGCGAACGUGGAUUUCUGCUCCAAACACCCGGCAUUGAAGACCUUUGUAGACAUGCAGUGGCUUGAUUUUGCUAUUUUCGAUGGAAACAAAGACAGGAAAGUCCAUUUGGUCGUCAGGAAUGAAGCUGUAGUAAACGGCGCCGCCCCUGUUGUUGCUAUCUGCAACUACGUCCUCGACUCUCUCCUCACAGACGGCUGGAGGAUAACACCGGAGGCCGCCGAGAACGAGUUUGAGAGGGCGCUUGUUUCCAUCUACUCGCCGCUAGAGGAGAAGGAGCUGGAUGCUCCCGCGAUCAUGCUGCGCAUGACGCUGGGCUGGAAGUGGAGGAGUGUGGACUUGGAGGCAGCCUGCGAUCCUUCUAGUCCAGCGAAUAUCCCCUACCUGCAACGGGACCCUACAAUUAAGGAGGUCUUGCUGCGCUACCGCAAGCUGAACAAACAGCUUUCCUUUGUGCUCCCUAUUGGAGCUUUUGCUCUUUUCCGGCUACCCAACAGCUGA